UUGGCGAGGCCGGGACUAUUUGAUUUCGUUUUUGUCAAGAGCCUCACGCGAGCACAUUGCAACACCCACUCAACUUCUCUGUUCUUCUGGACUCCAGCUUAACCACUCCAUUCAAGCUUGUCUCGUAAUCUGACCUCCUUUAAAUACGUUACCCAACACCUGCGCUUGCUCCAUCUCGCCUGAAGGCCCCCCGCAAACAGCAACCACCUGUCUCAAUCCAGGCAUUGCUCGCUCCAGUUCCGCAUCUCAAUUUACGAACCAAUAGCCCAGCCAUUGCCUGUCCAAUAUGUCGACUGCUAGCACUGUUCCCGUCGAGUCCAAGACUGCUAAGAAGCGCAAAGCCAAAACUGAAGCUGCGGCUGCCAACGGCGGUGCGGUGACUCCGACUGUCGAGUCUGCAGUUCCUGCUGCUGAAGGCCAUCCUACUACAAAUGGUGUCGAUUCCUAUGCGGAGAGCCCGUUUAUCAAAGACCUGACAAAGAACAUCCGCAACUUGCACAAGAAGAUUGCUGCUUCUGCUAAAGCUGACGCCGUCAUCACCGAAAAUCCCAACGUCUCCCUCGAUGACCUAGUUGCACAAAAGAAACUCAACACCGAUCAGAAAGCCCAGAUCCUCAAAAAGCCUGCGCUUCAAAACCAGGUCAACCAACUCGAAGAACAGCUCUCCCACUUCCGUGCUUUCGCCCAAGAACUUGAAGAGAAGGCCGCCAAAGAGAAGACGAAGUUGGUCGAAGCACACGAGGCUGAGAUUGCACUUGUCAAGGAGAAGGCGCUGCAGGAAAUUGAGAAUAUCAAAACAAAGGCGGUCGAAGAUGGGCUACGAGUUGUCACACAUUUCCUGCACACCGCUGCGUCAAAGCGUCAGUCCGAAGAAGCUGAUACCGAUGAGGGUCGUGCCUUUGAAGGUGCUUUGCUACUGGUCUAUCAAGGGAACGAGUCUUCACUUUCAACCCUGCAAAAUCUGAUUUACGGCACCGACGACAAAGUCCCAGACGUCCAUGGUGAGCCUCUCGAGUUCACGUUUGCACAAAUCAAAGAGUCUGCCUUGCAGAGUGCCUCGGAGGUGGUGCAGAGCACGGAGCCGGAAAUUGAAGAGGAGGUCGAGGCAAAAGAAGCUCCGACUGCCGCAGCCGAGUUGGGAAUCGACAACACGGUGGCAAAUGCUGGUCUGACUGAACUUGACGAUGCUGCUGCUAUCCGGACCGAAGACAUCGCCAAUGAGAUAGCUGAGCCUGAGGUCACUCCCUCUGUCCCAGAACAGACCACAACUGGAGAAGAAGCCGCCAACGCCGUCGCCGAGGCAUGGGACCCGCAAGCAUCCAUGGUGACCGAUACCAGCGCUACCAACGAAGAAUGGGUUCAAGUGCCGCGUGUCCCUGCGGAGACCGAGACGGGGCUUGCAGGUACUCCUGCCGCAAUUCAAUCCAAUAGCUGGGCCGAAGAAGUAGGCGCUGCUGCCAUCACUGCGGAGGAGAAGCCCACUCAGGAGAACGAUGGAUUCGAGCAGGUGCGCCGUGAGCGGGGCCGAGGCCGAGGCGGACGUGGUGGACGCGGCGAGUUCAGAGGACGCGGUCGCGGAGGGCGAGGAGAUGGCCAUCGUGGCGGCGGUGGUCGGGGCGGCCCAAGAGGAGGUCGCGGUGGAGGUGCUCCCCGAGGCGAGAAUAAGAGCUAGAUGUCUUGUCGACUCUACUCCUUGCUUCACCUUGUGGGAGAUAUAAGGGCUUGGGACGGAUGAUCCUAUGUGGGAUUGUCCAACCUUUGCAUUUCUUGAAUCUCAUGGCCAGGUUUAUUUUCCAUCUCGAGGCAUGGGGUGGGAAUGGAUAUGGGUGAGAUUGGCGUCCAUCGUCCUUUGUCCACCCAGCGAUAUCGAUUCCAGCAUUGCAUGAAGCGUUUGAAAUACGGAAAAGAAGAUGCUCCAGAGGUAUGAAACAAAAGCAGAAAAAUGUGGAACAUGUGAGAGUAAUGGGAAAAAGGGGGAUCUUGAGGAUGCAUGGACUGUACUCCCCUGUGUUGUCAUGUACACUACCUAGGGUCUGAUUAGCGCUGUUUCCCGGAAAAAAGGCGUCGUUGACAGUGUCGAAAAGGUGAUGGGAGCUAUCAGGGAGAAUGUGCUUUUGCAAAACAGAGGAAAGGAGCUUGGAAAGGAAGAAACGAAAAAGGGAGAUAUGGUGGACCGAGAGAGGAGAAGGGGUGCACAUUGAGCUGUAUUUGCUACCUAGCUGUCUGCACCCUACAAUGUCAAUCGACUCCCUCUCUCAUCAGGCUGCAAAGAUUCAGUCAGAAGCCCUUGCUGUUCCUGGACCCGGCUCAAACAUAGCCAAGUGGUUCGCUCCUUAAGCUCUUCUGUUCCAUGUCGAAGCGUGCCGGCCAGUCGAUUGCGG